AUGGAUACCACCAUGGAAAUCGAUGCGGCGCGGUCGCCCGAACCUCACCACCUCUCCCCGAUUACCGACUCCGGGUCUAUACCGACACUCGAUGGCUGGAUUGAGAGCUUGAUGACCUGCAAACAACUCGCAGAGGAAGAUGUGCGGAGGCUGUGUGACCGGGCAAGAGAAGUAUUGCAGGAAGAGUCAAACGUUCAGCCAGUGAAAUGCCCAGUGACGGUCUGCGGUGAUAUACACGGUCAGUUUCAUGACUUAAUGGAACUGUUCCGUAUUGGAGGCCCUAAUCCUGACACAAACUAUCUCUUUAUGGGUGACUACGUCGACCGUGGUUACUACUCUGUGGAGACCGUCACUCUCCUUGUCUGUCUUAAGAUCCGUUACCCCCAGCGUAUCACCAUUCUCCGAGGAAAUCACGAAUCCCGCCAGAUUACACAAGUCUACGGUUUUUACGACGAGUGCUUGCGCAAAUACGGCAAUGCCAAUGUCUGGAAAUACUUCACCGACCUCUUCGACUACCUCCCCCUCACCGCUCUUAUUGAGAAUCAGAUUUUCUGCCUUCACGGCGGUCUGAGUCCCUCGAUCGACACCCUCGACAACAUUCGUUCCCUCGACCGCAUUCAAGAAGUUCCCCACGAGGGACCCAUGUGUGACUUGCUGUGGAGUGACCCCGACGACCGGUGCGGCUGGGGCAUUUCUCCCCGAGGUGCUGGAUACACAUUCGGGCAGGAUAUUUCGGAGGCAUUUAAUCACAACAAUGGCUUGACUCUGGUUGCACGAGCACACCAGCUGGUGAUGGAAGGUUAUAACUGGUCGCAGGAUAGAAACGUGGUCACGAUUUUCUCAGCUCCUAACUACUGUUACCGCUGCGGUAACCAAGCCGCAAUUAUGGAAAUUGACGAGCAUCUCAAGUAUACAUUCUUGCAAUUCGACCCCAGCCCCCGUGCGGGUGAACCCAUGGUUUCGCGACGCACCCCUGACUAUUUCCUGUGA